CCGGGACCGGGACCCGUUCGCCGGGGAAAACCAGGGUUUAAGGUGAAGUUUACAACUCGGGCCAUUCAAACGAUUUACAUACUCAACUGUCAGCCCAAGGACCACACAGAAAACGUAUCUACGAGGAAACCGGAAAAGAUAAGGGACGAUGCGGAUCGAUAUGGUCGGUAAGCCGGUCGUGGGUGGUACUCUGAGACGGACGCUCAACACGCAAGCAGCAUCAAUCAACCACAGAUGGUGCGGAUUGACAUCCGCUCGGACAGAAGCACCAUCAAGCUGGAAGCAGAGGGACUACCACAAUCGAGCAUCGUUCGGCUCAGACAUUGGACAUCUAAAACUCAAGUCGUUUAUAAGGAGGAAGAAUGAUAUCCCAACCCAAGGACAGCCAUUUUACGUCACGACUCGAUUGGCGUCUUCUUCGUCAUCUCCGUCAGGCCCAGGACCUAUCUUGCUAGAGUCCGAGAAAUUCGUGCCUCCUCAAAGCUCGGAUCAUGAGCCCCAUUCUCCUAUCAUCAUCUUGCAUGGCUUGUUCGGCUCUAAACAGAAUUGGAGAUCUCUCGCCAAAAGAUUAAGUCAGGCUACUCAGAAAACCGUCUUUACUUUAGACUUGAGAAAUCAUGGUGAAAGUCAAGCCACACCCGGCUUCACUUCCUAUCUAGAUUAUUCAAGCGAUGUCAAACACUUCAUGACGACCAACAACUUGAAAGACGUGAUUCUAAUCGGACAUUCGAUGGGUGGCAAAGUAGCGAUGAGUCUAGCCUUAUCAGAGAGUUCGAGCAAUUCAAAUCGAGAAGGAUCAGAUUUGAUCAAGAAAUUGGUCGCCGUGGAUAUCUCCCCCGCCAAAGGUCCCAUCUCAAAGAGCUUCCAAGUUUAUAUCGAUGGCUUUAAGGAGAUUAAUUCUAGGCCGGUUUCCAGUCGGAAAGAAGCUGAUGAAAUUUUGACUAAAUAUGAACCGGACCUAGGACGACGGCAAUUCCUUCUCACAAAUUUGAAGAAAGUGGAGAGAGACGGAGCCGAAGGACAAGGGACACCUCAUUAUGAGAUCAGGCUACCUGUAGAAGUACUUGAGGCACAGCUGGCGAGCAACCAAGUAGGAGACUUCCCAUUCGAGAUACCCCGGACCGAGCCGGCUCCAGGAUCCGCUUCCACUCAGUCCCAACCACCCUCAGUCCGGUUCCAUAAACCUUCGUUAUUCAUCAAAGGCGCUCGGAGUAAAUAUAUUAACAAAUAUAACAUACCGACUAUUGCUGCCUUUUUCAUGAACCAUCGCCUCGUCGUUCUUGAUACUGAUCAUUGGGUUCAUGCUGAGAAACCUAAUGAAUUCAUUCAGACUGUUGUAGAUUUUGUUAAAGAAGAGUGAAAGAAAAAAAAUAUAUAAUCAAUCACAACAUAAAAUAUAAUCAAUCACAACAUAAAUUUGUUUAGAAGUGUCUAUGCAAGAUUCAUUGAUCCUUACAACUUUUUCACAA